AUGAAGCUCUCUACCGCCGCCAUGGCUGCUGUUGCUUCGGCCCAGAUGUCCGCAACCUACAAUAAUGCUCUCUUGCAUUUGGACUUCCACGAUGGCGCUGCUAACAUGGUUCGCGAGCUUUUCAAGGAUUACGGAUGGCCAGAUCUUGUCACCGAGAACACUGGCUUCUCUUUCCUUGAAAACAUCAACGACUUCAACGUUGCUUACUGCAUGACCUCCACCUUUACCGGCAUCAGCACUACCACCGACAAUAACGCUCUCUACACCAACAUCGACAACUUCAAGACCCGAGUUGCCAACGACCGAAACACUCAGGACCUCUACGCGUCCCUCGCGGGCUGCAUGAGUGGCAUCACUUUCUCCCGAACUGAGAUGUCUAACUACUUCAUCAAUUUCCCAGUUGGAAACUUUGAUGGAGUUGAUCUUGGCGCUCUCAUGACAAGUGUUGCUGACAAACAUUUCCAGAGUGCUCAAGAUGCCGCUACUGCUUAUGAGGCGCAGACUGACUACACCAACGCUUCUAAUGCAUACUUGAACUCCAUGCGAGCUCUCCGAUCAGCUUUCAAGCAAUACAACUCUGGAAUCAGCAACAGCCGAAACACCGCUGAGCAGCUCACCGACUACGCCCAGCUCGCCUGGGAGUUCAUCGAGGCCGGUCUUUAUGUUUAUGAAAAUGAGAUGGAAGCAUGGCAAUUCGGAGAGAGACUUUACGAUGAGAUCAUCAAUAUUGAUACUAUCGUCUACAAACAGCCACUCAUCAACGCUUGCCUCCAGAAGGUCGGUCCCUUUGGAAUGGUUCACCAGAUGAUGGUCAAUUUUUUCAGCAUCCUCUACCAUGCUGAUGUUCUCUUCCAGUGGGCUGAACUCAGCGAACGAUACAUCGCUGAAGCCAUCUGGGGACAGACUUUUACCGAAACUUUCCACAACUACUGGAGCCAGUACUUCUACCAGUACUUCUACGAUUUCUCCCAGUACGGUGGUGAAGUCGAAGCCUGGACUAACCUUGCUGCCACCUUCCUCGACCCCUACCUCCAAGAUACGUUCUACAACACCAUCGCGGUAUCCGUCUGCGGAUUCGAAGAAGCGUAA